AUGGAAUUUUGUUAACAUGGUGAUUUGUAUGAUUUUUUAGGAAGAAAAGGACAAUAAUUAAAUAAGAAAGAUCUUACAGAAAUUGAAAUUCGUUAUUAUUUUUCUUAAAUAUUAGAAGCAUUUAAAUAUUUAAGAAAAAAUAACCUUAUACACAGAGAUGUUAAACCUCAAAAUAUAUUAGUCAACAAUAAUGUUUUGAAAGUAGCAGAUUUUGGAUUUGCAAAGGAAGUAAAAGAAAAAGAAAUUGAAAAAAGCUAUAAAGGUACUCUUACUACACUUUCUCCUUAAGUUUUGUAAGGAAAUUAUACUCAUAAAUGUGAUAUUUAUUCACUAGGAUGUACACUUUAUUGGAUUAUGUAUAAUGAUUAUCCAUAUAUGUAAUACAUGAAGAAUUAAGUUCAAUUAGUGGAAAUUUAAAAAAAAAAUCCUGUUAAAUGUCCUGAUAAACCUAACUAUAGUGAAGACUUAAAAAAAAUCUGUGAAAGAAUGUUAAUUUAUAAAGAAGAAGAUAGGAUUUCAUGGGAAGAAUUAUUUGAGUCUAGUUUAUUUAAUUAAAGACUUAUAUUAGAAACAGGAAAAAUUAACAUUUUAAACGUUAUAAAUUAUGAUAACAUUAAAGAAAAAGAAGUAAAAGAUAUGUGGACAGGAUUAAACAUAAUAGAAUAUGAUGAGAAACAAUUAGACGAAGCUUAAAAUUAAGCAGAAGAAUAUAUUUAAAAAAUCGAAGAAAAACAAAAAAUUUCAGAAGUUUUUUAUAUGCUUUUAAAAAGAAUCGAAUUCGAAAAAGGAAAGGCCUCCUUUUUAAGAAAAGUUCUUGAAAGAAUUAAUGAUUAUUCAGUUAAUGGAAAGGAAAAACCUGAUGUAGGACUUGAAGUUUCUUGGUAAUAUAAAUUCGAAAUUGAAUAAGAAAAAGUUUGGUUUUCAUUUACUUAUCCCUUUUCUUAUGAAGAAAAUUAAGAAAUAUUAUCUUAUUAUGAAAAUAAAUAUUAAGAUGAUUCUUUAAUAUAUUUUAAUAGAAGUAUAUUAAGUCAUUCAUUAGAAAAAAGAAAUAUAGAACUAAUUACAAUAACAUCUCAUAAAAAUAAAGAAAUAGAAAAUUUUGAAAAAUAAUCUUUUUUUGUUUCUUAAAAUCCUCCUUAUAUUUUUAAAAAAAAGAAAUAUAUUUUCCUUUCUGCUAGAGUCCAUCCAGGUGAAGUACCAGGUUCACAUGUCUUAAAUGGAAUCAUAAAAUAACUUUUGAAUAAAAAAGAUUAAAGAAGCUAAAUUCUACUUGAUAAUUUUGUAUUUUAUAUUGUUCCAAUGAUAAAUCCUGAUGGAGUUUAUAGAGGUUAUUAUAGAACAGAUACUUAAGGUUUAAAUUUAAAUAGGUUUUAUAUAAAUCCAUCUAUAUAAAAUCAUCCAUCAGUUUAUUCAAUAAAAUAAUUAGUAGUAAAUUUAAGUGAAACAAAAAGACUCUGUUCUUACAUUGAUUUGCAUGCGCAUGCUGGUCAGAAAGGAAUAUUUAUGUAUGGAAAUUGUGUUGAUUUAAAAAAUUAAGUUCAUACUUGCCUUUUUCCACGCUUAGUAGCAAUAAAUUCACCUUACUUUGAUUAUGAAGCUUGUAAUUUCACAGAAAAAAAUAUGUAUAUUAAAGAUAAAGGAGAUGGAUUAUCGAAAGAAGGUGCAGGAAGAGUUGCGCUUUAUAAAGUUAUUUUUUGUUAAUUUAUAUAUUAUAAAUAAAAUAAAAAGGCGACUAAACUAAAUCUUUUUUAUACUUUAGAAUGUAAUUACAAUACAGGAAAUAUAAUAAAUUUAUUAGUAUAAUAAUAAUAUAGAUAAUAAGAUUUAGGCCUAUAAUAAAAUAAAAUUUAUGAUAAAGAUAUAAUUAUAAAAAAUUUGGAUUAAAAAAUUUAAAAGAGUUCUGUUUUUUAUACUCCUGAAAUUUAUGAAUAGGUAGGUGAAGCAUUAUGUGAUUCUUUUCUUGAUUAUUACAAAUUACAUCCUUAUUCUAGAAUACCAAAUACUGUUUAUUAAACUUUAGCAAAUUAUUAUAGAUACUUUAGAUAAAUAAAAGAAAUAGAAAGCCAGUGA